AUGUUUCUCUACUUGCUGGUAUUCAUGGCGUAUCAUAGCAGCAGAUGGAUACCAAGGAAUCAGAGGUUAAAAUUUCAAAUAGUGAACGCUGUGUUCGUGGCACUUGUCCUGGUCCCCCAGUUCUACGUCAUGGGAAGGCCCAAAUCCUCAAGAUACUGCAGGCAGCCUCUUCUGAACAACUUAUCAGCCUCAGUCGCCUUGUCCUUCAUAGCUUCAGGCUUCUCGGUGAUAUUCACAUUGAUAGACCCAGUUCCUCAGGGAUUGUGGGCCUCCUAUCAUGUGUUUGGGCUGCUGACAUGUGGACAAGGACUAUGCACUGCCAUCCUGACUCUGACAGCGGCAGCAUGUGACAGAACCACCCCGGAGCUGUACUACGUGUCUGUUAUUCUAACUGCUGCUUCCAUUUUCAGUACAGGUUUUUUCAUGGUGAGAGGAGGACUAUGGUUGACCAACAGGAAGCAUGCAACGGACCCAAGCAGGAACAAUGAGCAGGAAAGCAGUCCAGCUGUCACACGAUGA